ACCAACACGUACUUUACAUGUGGUAGUUACUUCUAUCAAGUGGUCAAUACCUCGCCACGUCAUCACUCCCUCCCUCCUUAAAAACCAAACCUCCCCCUCCUCUAAAUUUAGAACCAUCAUCCUCCUCCAUUGUUCCCGGCAUAACUAAAGCUAUGGAGAUCGAGAGAGUCCAAGACAUUUCAUCAUCUUCCCUCCACACCGAGGUUAUCCCUCUGGAGUUCAUCAGAUCGGAGAAAGAACAGCCGGCGAUCACCACUUUCCGAGGUCCGGUGCCGGCGAUCCCCGUCGUCGAUCUGAGCGACCCCGACGAAGAGAGCGUGGCGCGUGCGGUGGUGAAGGCGAGUGAAGAAUGGGGGAUUUUCCAGGUGGUUAACCACGGGAUCCCCACGGAGCUGAUAAAACGGUUGCAGGAAGUGGGGAGAACGUUCUUCGAGCUUCCUUCGUCGGAGAAAGAGUCCGUCGCGAAGCCCGCUGAUGCUAAAGACAUCGAAGGGUACGGAACGAAGCUACAGAAAGAAGUAGAAGGUAAGAAAGCAUGGGUUGAUCAUCUCUUCCACAGGAUCUGGCCACCGUCGUGCGUUAACUACAGUUUCUGGCCAAAGAAUCCACCUGAGUACAGGGAGGUGAACGAAGAGUACGCGUUGCAUGUGAAGAAGCUGUCGGAGACAUUAUUAGGCAUACUCUCCGAAGGGUUAGGCUUACGUCGUGAGGCGUUGAGAGAAGGACUCGGCGGAGAUCUGGUUGAGUAUAUGAUGAAGAUUAACUAUUAUCCGCCGUGUCCUCGGCCGGACUUAGCCUUGGGAGUACCGGCACAUACUGAUCUAAGUGGAAUCACUCUGCUUGUACCUAAUGAAGUUCCUGGACUUCAAGUCUUCAAAGACGAUCACUGGUUCGACGCCGAGUAUAUUCCUUCUGCCGUCAUUGUUCACAUCGGCGAUCAGAUUCUGAGGCUAAGUAAUGGGAGGUAUAAGAAUGUGUUGCAUAGGACGACGGUGGAUAAGGACAGGACGAGGAUGUCGUGGCCAGUGUUCUUGGAGCCACACCGUGAAAUGAUAGUCGGGCCAUUACCGGAGCUUAUAAGCGAUGGUAAUCCUCCAAAAUACAAGCCUUUUGCUUUCAAGGACUACAGUUACCGUAAGCUCAAUAAGCUUCCUCUGGACUGAGAAACCAAAAAAAAAAUCUAAACCAUGAAGAAAAGUGUUGAUGAAUUUUUAUUUAUUUUAUUUUAAACUUGUUGCUUUUGAAACAAGAUGUGGUUGUUGUUGUGUUCCCGCGAUAAGAACUUUCGGUAUGUCUCUUGUUUUCUGCUAGUUGUGGUGAAAAUAAAGACUAAAAAGACAUGUAGUAUAACAGUAUUACAUUUAACGUUUGAUGAAGACAUGUUCUUGUUGUGUCGCCA